GCGGAAGCUGAUCUGGUAGCCUGUGAGUUCAGAUUGAUCCUGGCUGGGCUGUGCUGGUCUUGGGCUGUCUUUCGGGGAAGGUCGUCAGCGUUCUGUUGCAAUGGAGGGGGCCUCGGCAGAGCGCGUCGGGGCAGAGCCUUUCCACAGGGUCACGCCCCUGCUGGAGAGCUGGGCGCUGUCUCAGGUGGCAGGCAUGCCUGUCUUCCUCAAAUAUGAGAACGUGCAGAUAGCUGGCUCCUUUAAGAUCCGGGGCAUCGGACAUUUCUGUCAGCAGAUGGCCAAGAAGGGAUGCAGACAUCUGGUGUGCUCCUCAGGGGGCAACGCAGGCAUUGCGGCCGCAUACUCCGCUCAGAAGCUGGGCAUCCCCGUCACCAUCGUGCUCCCAGAGAGCACCUCCAAGCAGGUGGUGAGGCGGCUGGAGGGAGAGGGGGCCGAGGUCCAGCUGACUGGGAAGGUUUGGGAUGAAGCCAACGUAAGGGCACAAGAACUGGCCACCAGGGACGGCUGGGUGAACGUCUCCCUGUUUGACCAUCCCCUGAUAUGGGAAGGCAAUGCCAGCCUAGUGCGGGAGCUCAAGGAGUCGCUGAGGACCCCUCCAGGUGCCGUGGUGCUGGCCGUGGGGGGUGGAGGGCUCCUGGCGGGUGUGGUUGCUGGCCUACUGGAGGUAGGCUGGCAGCAUGUGCCCAUCGUUGCCAUGGAGACCCGCGGGGCACACAGUUUCAACUCGGCCUUGCAGGCGGGCAGGCUGGUCACUCUGCCAGACAUCACCAGCGUAGCCAGGAGCCUGGGAGCCAAGACUGUGGCUGCACGGACCUUGGAGUGUGCAAAGGAGUGUGAAGUCCUCUCUGAGGUGGUAGAAGACCAGGAGGCUGUCAGAGCUGUGCAGAGGUUCCUGGACGAUGAGCGCAUGCUCGUGGAGCCUGCCUGCGGUGCUGCCCUGGCUGCUGUCUACUCAGGCAUCCUGGGGAGGCUCCAGGCUGAGGGCCGCCUGAGCCCCGCCCUGGAUUCCGUCGUGGUCAUCGUGUGUGGUGGCAACAACAUCAGUAGCCAACAGCUUCAGGAGCUGAAAACGCAGCUGAACUGCAGCUGAAGGAUCCCAGGGACCCCAGAGGCUACUGGACACCUUGGUCCUGUCCUCUUCCUUCAGGCAGCCCUCCUGGAUUGCUCCCUGUGGCUCCCUGCAGUCCAAUGAAUAAACCUGCCUGACUGGAGCAUGUG